UUUUUUGUUUCUGCAAUUUUUUUUUCCUGCUGUUUGGUCACCAAGAAUUGCCCAUUUUUUAUCUGGUGUUUGGUCACUGAGAAAUCAUCAUAAAAGGAAGGGUUUUGAUUUUUUGGUCAACAAGAAUUUUCAGUAGUUGAAGUUUUUGUUUGAUUCUUUUCCCUUUUUGCAUGUUUAGCACUAUGAUUUGGGCUUAAUUUUUUCUCGCUUAAAAUGUGUUUGAUAUCAUGUUAUGAGUUUCAAUUUAAAAAAUUGAUUAUCGUAGAGGACAAUACUGAUUGAAUGCACUAAGUUUGUAACAUAUUGUGGAGAUUCAUAUAAUUGUUGUUUUCUAAUUUCUGUAUAAUGUUGAGUCUUUUUCUUGGGACCCCUUCGUGGUCCAUUUCGUAGAAGGAUUCUCUUUACUGUUAGAUAAAGAAAAGAAAUUGUUGUUUUCCAGCUUUUGCCUGUGUUUUCACUUGAAGGGCCCUAGCUUUUUCCUUAAUACGCAAGCGCGUAGCUAGAUGUUUAUCACAGUUGUUUCUGGCUUCAUGUUAUUCCUGGAAUAUGUAUAUAAUAGGCUUCAAUUCAGCUACGGAUGGUACUUUACCUUUGUUCAAGGAUUGGUUUAUGUGGCUCUUAUUCAUUUCCUCAAUGGUUUUACUCCUAAGCAAAUGGUGAAUCCGUGGAAGGAUUAUGUUAAGCUCUCUACUGUUCUCAUGGGCUCACAUGGGUUAACGAAAGGGUCUUUGGCUUUCCUCAACUAUCCAGCCCAAAUCAUGUUCAAAUCUGCGAAGGUUUUGCCUGUCAUGGUAAUGGGGGCUUUCGUGCCCGGUCUGCGACGAAAAUAUCCACCCCAUGAAUAUGUUUCGGCAGUACUCUUGGUAGCAGGCCUGAUUCUUUUCACUUUGGCUGAUGCACAAACCUCGCCAAAUUUCAGCUUAAUCGGUGUGCUAAUGAUAUCUGGUGCUUUGGUUAUGGAUUCUUUUGUGGGAAAUUAUCAAGAGGCCAUCUUCACGUCUAAUCCUAACACAACACAGAUGGAGAUGCUCUAUUGCUCAACAAUUGUCGGGUUUCCUAUCUUGUUUGUGGCUAUGAUUGUAACAGGAGAACUAAGGAUAGCAUGGCCUGCAUGUGCUCAGCAUCCCUAUGUUUACGGAGUCUUGGUGUUUGAAGCCUGCGCUACUUUCGUGGGGCAAGUGUCUGUCCUUUCCCUCGUAGCAAUAUUUGGUGCUGCCACUACUACAAUGAUUACAACUGCAAGGAAGGCUGUAACCUUAUUGCUUUCAUACUUGAUAUUCACAAAGCCUUUGACCGAACAACACGGUACUGGAUUGCUGUUGAUGUCUAUGUGCAUCAUUAUGAAGAUGUUGCCUGAAAACAAGCCAUCACAGCCUAGGCCGCAGAAAAUCAUCCCUCUUCAGCAAACUGAAAAACCUCGCGAGACUGAAGAUGACAGAUUUCAGAUAGGCAUUGAAGAGGAAGAAGAGAAGAGACCUUUUGUCUAAAACAAUAAGUAGAGACUCUAGCUUAGUCUAUUAUUUCAAUUUUGAUUAGCUUUUAAAGUUGUAAUAUGGCAACAAAAUGGUAGGUUCUUUUUUAAAAAUAUAAUAUAUAUACAUAUGUAUACACUUCAUUGCAAUUUAUCUGAGGAGGUAAACAUUUGAGAUUUGGUUCUCUAA